CCAAUCACCAAAAAAGGUCUCGAGAUUGAGGCCAGAGUGGAGCAGGCUCCACAGAUGGAAGCACUGGAGAGGUAGGAGGGGGGCAGAUAGCGGGUAGAAAGGGGAAGAAAAGAGAUCAUUAACUGCAAAAGGGGGAUGUAAAGGAGAACUUCAUGUUUGCGGAACAGACAAAUAAAAGGACGCGGUAAGUGAAGUGGGCACUCACUGACUGUGUUUGCUGCUAUGAGGCCUGCUGGGGUGGCACGGGGCAUGUGAGGACACAGAGGGAGGACAGAAACUGGUUUUGGACUCUUGCAAACAAUGGACCACCGGUUUUAGCUAAAACAAACAGAAGAGACGCACAGUCCUGGCAUCAUGUCCUUAAACCCUGAUGUUGGUUCAUCUGACCUGGUGGAGAGUUCCCAGAUCUCAGGACCUGCGGGACUCCAGACACUAUUGGACCUGCUCAUUGGUGUCUAUCAGGAGUUCCACUCAUCACCAUUCUCAAGGGAGAAUUAUGUUUCUGGUUUUCUGCAGUGGGCUGAACCUCUUGUGAGGGGGGUUAGGAGGAUGAGCCUUAAAAGAGAGGACUUCCACAUCCUGAAGGUGAUUGGUCGAGGCACUUUCAGUGAAGUUGCUGUAGCGAGGAUGCAAAGGACAAAUCAAGUGUACGCUCUGAAGAUUAUGAAUAAAUGGAACUUAUUGAGACGAGGGGAGACAGCAUGCUACCAGGAGGAACGGGAGGUUCUGCUGAGGGGCGACAAACGUUGGAUCACAGAACUGCACUACGCUUUCCAAGACGAUAACUAUUUGUAUUUGGCCAUGGAUUAUUAUCCAGGCGGAGACCUCCUCACUCUGCUCAGUAAAUUUGGAGAUCGGAUACCUGAAGCCAUGGCUCAGUUCUACCUGGCUCAGAUGGUUCUGGCUGUUGAUUCUGUGCACAGGUUGGGUUAUGUACACAGAGAUAUCAAACCUGACAACAUUUUACUGGCAGCUAACGGACAUAUUAGACUGGGAGACUUUGGCUCCUGUCUGAGGCUCCAAGAGGAUGGAAUGAUACACUCAUCCGUAGCUGUUGGGACUCCUGACUAUUUGUCUCCAGAGAUCUUAAGGACGGUGCAAAGAGGCGAAGGCUAUGGUCUGGAAUGUGACUGGUGGGCUCUAGGCAUCAGCGCUUAUGAAAUGCUGCUGGGGAUAACACCAUUUUAUUCAGAGUCCAUCUCUGAAACCUAUGCCAAGAUUAUCAACUUUCAGGAAUAUUUUGAGUUUCCACCUUCCAAUGGCACCGUUUCAGAGAAGGCUUGCUCCCUGAUCUCUGGAUUGAUCUGCGAGAGGGAGACCCGUCUGGGCCGAAAAGGCUCCAGUGACUUCAAGAGUCACCUGUUUUUCCACGGUGUGGACUGGGACUCCCUGCAUGACCGUCCUGCUCCCUUCCUGCCUGAAGUCUCCAAUCCAACCGACACUUCCAACUUUGACCUUGUAGAAGAAUGCCUUUCUGACAUGGAAACGCUGUCUGAUGUUAUGAACACAGCCCCAAUAGGAGUACACCUGGCUUUCAUUGGAUACUCCUACAACACCAUCAGCCAAGCAGAGACCCGAGACUCUGGACAAGACAUCAUGAUGCAGACUGACCAAAUGCACAGGAACUGUGAGAAACAGUUUACACUGGAGAAAACGAGUCAGGUGGGACACAAUCUACCUGACAACUCGUCUAUGCUAACGGAGCUUCCACCUACGGUGGAGCAAAGCUGCACCACAGACAUCUCUGAGGAGGAGAAGGAGGUGAACCAAGUGUCAGAACUUAAUGAACGCCUGCAGAGAGAGUUAAAUGAAGUAAAGAGAAGAUGCCUCGAUUUGGAAAAAGAGACAGCAAGUUUGAAAGAGGAGAAACUCAUCUGGAGGGCUGAGAAGGAAGUGCUCCCUGCUGAUGCUCCUCUCUUUUUACCGAUCGUAGAGCUGUGUUUCUGCCAAGCAUCUCUUGCUCUGUCUUCCCGCUGUCUGGAUGCAUCGGAGGAUACGGAGAGGUCACCCCCAGUCUGUCAGUACCCCCUGGUGACUCACAUCCACCGACAUCUGGUUCUGUUCCACAGGGUUCGUCUGCCACAGAUGAGAAGUGAAUCCUAUUUGCUGGUAUGUGCUGAAGGGGGAGAUUUCCAAGUUUGGUAGAGACAAACUUUCAAGAAGAUCAACAGACUGAACCCCGACUGUGCUGCAUCACAACUGUUGCACCUCCUUAAUGGAACAAAUGACUGAGCCCCCGCUCCACCCAUGUCAGACCUCUGUAUGCUGCUACUAAUGAGAUGAAGUGAAGACGUAGCAAGAAAACCGUUUUUUGGGAAGUCCCAGCUCUGGGAGAUCUUUAAUGAAGAAUCUGGGAACCUUAAAGAUGAAAAGUUCCAACUGUUAGGUGAAAGAGUUGCCCAUCAGGACUUCACUUUGCCUGGUUAUCAAAAACACACCUAUAUGCAGAUGAUAUUCUAAUAUAUUUUAAAUUAAAAAAGAAAAAAAGUCAGCAGUUUUACUGUUUGAUAUAAGACAUUUCUGAAGGAUUAUUAAGUGACAUGGGGAAAGACCAUGCAUCUUAGACCAUAUUGGUGUAUAUAGUGAUGAUAAAUAGUUUUUUUCCUCAGAAUCAGGCAUCCAUACCUAUGAGUGGUUUUUACAUUUGAAGCACACGCAUGGGCUUGUUUGCUGUGCCUUCAGUAGUAUUCAGAAUGUGUCAAAUACUACAAUAUGUGUUUUUUUAACUAAAUGUAUUUUUUAUAUUAAAUUAAUGUGUUAUAAAUAAAAGUAAUCUGA